UGAAAUUGAAGCAAUUUAAUUAAUUUCAUCUUUUUCCCUCACGAGUCAUAUACCCUAGCCCUCGUCUGAGUUGCAGCCUUUCUCCCUCUUCGUCUUAGUCGAUCGUCGUGAAGGCUUUCCAGCACCUCCGUGGUUCUCGCGCGUGGUUGACUACCGUCAAAGGUCAUUUUCCAGGCCUGGGUCGUCCUUGUCGUUGACAGUCAUUGUGUAAGACUGUGAAUACAAGUGGUAGAGCUCCAUUUCAUCACGCUGACUCAAGUUGUUGGCUUCGAUCAAGAAUUGGAGCCACUCCCUGAAUUAAAAAUAUUUGAUGAGAUAAGGAAGUUCCAUGAACUGUACCUUGAACACUUUGAAAAUAAUGUAUCGAUUUUUAAUUUAUUGUGAAGUGUACCUUGAACUGUGCCUUUAUUUUGGUUUUACAGUACAGAAUCGAGUUCUCGAAGGGAACACUUUGAAAAUCCCGUGAAACUCCCAUCUCUUUCUCUCGUUGUAUGGCAAACAGCAAAUAUGAGUAUGUCAAGUGUUUUGAAGUUGGGGAUGAGGCCAUGUUUCCCAAUAUCAUCCUUGUUUGGAUCAAGGCUAGUAAACUCCAUAAACCUCAUGAUUCAAAUACCUUGAAAUUGAUGAACUCUUGUGCUGUUGAAGUUCUUGAAGAGUAUGCAGAUGUAGUCUUUGCAUAUGGGUUCAGUGAUGAGUAUACUUUUGUUUUCAAGAAGACCUCCAAGUUCCAUGAAAGGCGUGCAAGCAAAGUGCUAUCCAUCAUUACUUCUUUUUUCUCAUCUGUCUUUGUGAGAAAAUGGGAUGAAUUCUUUCCACACAAGGAACUACAAUGUCAUCCUUCCCUACAUGGGCGGGUCAUAGCUUGUGCGUCCAUAAAAGCUCUCCAAGCUUAUCUUUUGUGGCGGCAGACUAUUUGUCAUUUGAGUAAUCAACAUGAGCAAUGCCUUUGGCGUCUUGUUGAACGUGGAAUGAAUGAGAAGGAAGCAUGGGAUUUCAUCAAGGGUUUUGAAAAAAGUGAUCUAAACAAUCUUUUAUUUGACGAGUUCAACGUCAAUUACAAUACACUAGAGCCGAUACUCCGCCAAGGGUCUUGUGUUCUGAAGACAACGGGUGAGGAUACUGUGAAGUACACAGAUAAUGGUGCUCCAAUUAAAAGGCACAGAAGGAAGAUAGUCACGGUGCAUUCCAAGAAAAUAGCUAGCAAGAGAUUUUGGAAUGAGCAUACUGUUCUUUUGAAGGACCUUGGUGGUUUUGUUGAAGAAAUUAACAAUGUGACUCCAGAGUAUGUGAGGUCCUUUGAAUUUGAUAGCAAAUUGAUGCCAUGUACAUGGAUUGUAGUUCGAAUAGAUGGGUGCCACUUCCACAGAUUUUCUGAGAUACAUGAAUUUGUGAAGCCAAAUGAUGAUAGAGUUCUUAACUUGAUGAAUUUGUGUGCAGUCGCUGUCUUAGAAAAGUUUUGGGAGGAUAUAGUCUUUGCCUAUGGGGUUAGUGACGAGUAUAGCUUUAUUCUUAAGAAAACCACUAAUCUUUAUCAAAGGAGAGCUAAUACAAUAAUUUCAGCUAUUGUGUCUUUCUUCACAUCCACUUAUGUGAUGAGAUGGAAAGAUUUCUUCCCACAAAGUGAGUUAAAGUACCCUCCUUCCUUUGAUGGACGAGCUGUGUGUUAUCCAUCUACCGAGAUUCUACGGGACUACCUUUCAUGGAGACAAGUGGAUUGUCACAUCAACAAUCAAUAUAACUCUUGUUUCUGGAAGUUAGUUGCAUCUGGAAAAAGCAAAAGGGAAGCCCAGAACAGUUUAAAAGGUGGUCAGUUGCAAAAGAAAAUUGAGGAAUUGGCUAUUGACUACAAUAAAUUACCAGUCAUGUACCGACAAGGAUCCUCAAUUUAUAGGGACAAGGUAGACAAUGUUCUAAUUCAUCAGGAGAAUGGAGAGUCUCCUGAAAAUUAUGGAAAGGUUAUUGUAGGACAUUUUGACAUUAUUGGACCAACCUUUUGGUUGGAACACCCAAACAUCCUUGAUGAAUAGUUGUAUGUGAAGUGUAGCAUUGAGUCUGUUAAUCACAAUUCUAUUACUUUAUUUCUUGCUGCUGAAAUUUUUUGUUGGUUUGGUUUAA